AUGGAUGGGUGGAGAACGGGAUUGGACAGUAGCGAGAUGGCUGGCGAGCUGAAGCUGAGGCAAGAUUUGGGAGAGUGUACCUUGUGGCUGGAAGACUUUCAGCAAGGGCCCUUUGACAAGGAGGCUGAGGCUGAUGUAAUCAAGCCUUUGGGAGGCGGGCCUCCUGAGCAGGGCUUUUGGCAAGGGUCCAAAAAGGAGAGCUUGCUCUGGAGAUUAAGUUCGGCAGUCAGAAGCUUCGGCAGAUGGCUAGCUGCUUCGGAAGUGUCUUCCUUCGGCAUGUUGGAAGGUCAUUUUCAUGGAGCAACUGGAGAUGUAGCGUGUGACGCGUAUCACAAGUAUAAGGAAGAUGUUCAACUAAUGGCAGAUACUGGAUUAGAGGCAUAUAGAUUUUCCAUCUCAUGGUCAAGACUUAUCCCAAAUGGAAAAGGACCUGUCAAUCCAAAGGGUCUACAAUAUUACAACAAUCUUAUUGAUCAACUAAUCAGCCAUGGAAUCCAACCACAUGUUACUCUACACCAUAGUGAUCUCCCACAGGCACUUGAUGAUGAGUAUGGAGGAUGGGUUAGCCGAAAGAUUGUAAAAGACUUCACUGCGUAUGCAGAUGUGUGCUUCAAAAAUUUCGGGGAUAGAGUUUUGCAUUGGACUACUAUGAAUGAACCUAAUGUUUUUGUUCUUGGGGGUUAUGAUUCUGGAUUUCUUCCACCACAACGAUGUUCAAUUCCAUUUGGUCUCAACUGCUCUAGGGGUAACUCCUCAACAGAACCGUACUUGGCAACGCAUAAUAUCUUGUUAUCUCAUGCGUCGGCUGCUAGAUUGUACAAGAAAAACUACCAGGUAUUUGAAUCCCUUGGUGUUUGGAGAUUACCCGGAUGUGAUGAAAAAAAAUGCAGGCUCUAGAAUUCCUUUCUUCACUAGGCUUGAGUCUCAAAGUGUCAAGGGUUCGUUUGACUUCAUAGGAUU